CCCACCGUGCGGACUUGCGCAGCAGCCAAAAACGGCUUGAUAAGCGAUCUGGCUAAUAGAUAUAGCCUCAAGUUCACGGUGAAUUGGAGAAGAAGGCAUUCUUUUUUGCCAUGACAAGAAUCCGCCCUCUGGAACCGGGAAUGUCACCGCGCCGGGCAAUUGAAACCGCGCAAUCUGAACAAGCGGCUGGAGCAUAAAAUCCCCCAGAGACAAGACAUCGACAGGGAGAGAGAUCUAAUUUCCCAACGCGAGUCGAGUCACGUAUCUGCAUAUACACCAUGUUCCAAGCAACUCCUGCCCCAACCCCAAUCAACCUCUCCAUCGGCUUCCCCUCGCCCUCACUCUUUCCCCUCCAGCAACUAACCCAUGCAACCAACACCGUCCUGUCAACGCCCUCGAUCUGGCACGAGGGUAUGAUUUACGGGCCCGAUGAGGGCCACUUCCCCCUCCGAAAAAACAUCGCGCAAUGGCUCUCGCGAUUCUAUCACCCGGAUUCGACGGUAGCGACUGCGGGCGGGUCGAAGAUUGAGCCCGAGCGGAUAUGCAUCACCGGCGGCGCGAGCCAGAAUCUUGCGUGUGCCUUGCAGGUCUUCACAGACCCCGUUGUCACGAGGAGUGUGUUUGUUGUUGAACCGGCGUAUUUUCUUUCCUUUCGGGUUUUUGAGGAUGCAGGGUUUGCGGGGCGGUUGAGGGGGAUUCCGGAGGAUGGGGAGGGGGUCGAUGUGGAGUCUUUAAAGGAGAGACUGAAGGAGGAUGAGCAGUCUUCAAAUUCCGAUGCCAAGGUAGAGUUCUGCUUCGGAGCAUGA